CCCACUCUUUUGCCCCUUUCCAACCCAAACCUCCAAUCGUCUCUCUUGACGUUUUGAUUAGAAAUGGAUUCUCAAUUGCUGGACGAGGAGGAUGACAGAAGGAAGGCUGACGCUGAACCGGGCGGCGGCGGAAGUGCAGCGUCGACGGAGACGACUACGCACCGCUUGAUUAUGCCGAAGCCAGAGCCGAUGGAGUUCAUGGGCUCGCUUCCGCUUAUGAAAAGGCAGCCAGGGCGGAGCAAGGACCGCCACACGAAAGUGGAGGGCCGUGGUCGAAGGAUCAGGAUGCCGGCCGCUUGCGCCGCUAGGAUCUUCCAGCUCACUCGUGAGCUCGGGCACAAGUCUGACGGAGAGACCAUUCGGUGGCUCCUCCACCACGCCGAGCCCGCAAUUAUCUCCGCCACCGGAACUGGAACCGUUCCGGCCAUCGCUACCACUGUUGAUGGAACGCUCAAAAUCCCCAGCGAGGUUUCGUCGGCUCCAGCCGACCGACGCGGUGUAACGACCACAUCGUCAGUAGAUGGAAGGAGGAGGAAGCUGCAGCCGAUGAGGGCGGCGUCGAACAGUGGGGUUUCGUUGUCCACUGGAUUGGCCCCGAUCCUUGCAGCGCCCGCUGUGGUUCCGGUGUUGGCGUUUGGCGGUGGAAGCGCGCUUCCAGGGGCUAGUCCUGUUUGGAUGAUUCCAAGUAAUUACGCGCUCGGCGCCGGGCCGUCGACGCCGGUGGCCGCACCUGUAUGGACUCUUCCGACGCCGCCGCAUAUUAUUAAGUUCACCGGAAGGCCCUUCAACGCUGGCGUUGCAUUACCCGGUGCCGUGGAGCUAAACCUAGCAACAGCUGAAACGGAUGCCCAGACAGCGAAGCUAGCUAAGACUGCUGGUCCACUAAACGCCGAGCUUCAACUAAUGGGCGAAGCAAUGGAUCAGAACCGUGGGAAAGCAGAGUACGGGAAGGAUAAGAAAGGGGAGGAACAGUACGCGAGGGACAACGAUUCGGCGGAGCCGCUCGCCGGUGGUUAGAGUUUAAUUUUGUUGAUUAAUUUGCUGCUAAUCAUUUUAGUUAUUAACUUAAUUACACAUUAGGGUUUAAUUCAAGGUUUUAAACGCGAUUUACGACUAGCUCGAAUUUCCAUA